AUGCAGCUUCAUGCACCUCACUGAGGCUGGACAGUAGACGCUCAGAACAUUGCAACCUGCUUGACGAAAAGACUUAGCUUUGGUUUCUGAUUAAACGCACGUAAUCUUACACACUUUUCGGACACUGGAGUUGUUUUCCCACAUUUUAGCCAGUGACCCGUCGUACUAUCUCAAAAUAGUCAUAAUAAUAACCAGAAUAAAAACAAUAAAACUGAGGCGCAAAAGAGAGCCGCAACGUGCGUUUAGGUGGAUCUACUUCGCUGGUUGUGUCUCGAAGUGAGAAGUGAGCCGUCUCAACAUCCUGGAAAACCACCUUGGGCCAAAUUAUAGGCGGAGAAGAAAUGGGGUAUGAUUAGGCGGUGGGAGUCUUCGUCUCAACAAAGAACAUAGAUGAAUAUCUGCCAUGCUACAUGGGAAGGCUCAGAACUCCUCCCUACUCUUGUUUUUCAUCAUCGUCAUCAUCGUUGCCUUGGUCCAUGGUCACUCUUACCCAAGUUUUUCCCGUGAUGACACCGAAUUCCAGCACCUGGUGCUCCAUCCCGACCCAUCCAUAGGGAAAGUCUAUGUGGGGGCCAGGGACCACCUGUUUCAGCUGGAUGGAUUAGAUGGACUUCGGUUGGAACAAGAGGAGCAAACUGGACCUGUGAGUGACAGCAAAGACUGCAUCCCUCCUGUGACAGAGUCCAACUGUCCCCAGGCCAGGAGAACCAGUAACCACAACAAAUUACUGCUGGUGGAUCCGAAAGGAUCGGAAUUGAUUACCUGCGGCAGUGUAUACCAAGGCACCUGCCAAAAACGGAGCCUGACGUCAAUCAGUGAGGUUCUUUUCUCCACUGAGAGGCCAAUGGACACUCAGUACGUGGCAGCCAAUGAUCCGUUGGUUUCAACCGUGGGGCUUGUGGUGGGGCUUCGGGGUGGGGAAAGGUCUGUGAUGUAUGUGGGUAGGGGCUACACCGCCAGCCAGCCACCAAUUUCCACCCGACACCUUUCAUCAGAGCCGAUUUUUUCCUAUGAGGAGACGGCUAAGCUCGCCGUCGCUGGUCGUAUGUCGGAAUAUGACCACCAUUUUGUGACCACAUUCACACGGCGAACAUACGUGUACUUUUUGUUUUACCGCCGAGACAUAAAGUCGUCAUCAAGGGAAUAUCAGACCUAUGCGGCCAGGGUUUGCCUUGAUGACACCUCUUACUAUUCCUAUGUGGAAGUUCCUCUCGUUUGUCGAUCGCCCUCCUCCCCUUCCAGAGUUUACAACCUUCUCCAAGCAGCGCAGGUGGGUCAAGGUCAAGACAGGGAGGGCGAGGACUUAUUGGGAGUUUUCUCCACCCGUGUCAGCGCCACGAACCAAAAUCCCUUGGAUGGCUCAGCUCUGUGCAUCUUCCAUCUGGAUGCGCUUGACAGACGCAUUGACUCCAUAAGAGACCUGUGUUACACCCAAGAUGGGAUGUUGGAGGAUGGAAGAGAGGUGGCCUACAUCGAGUAUGAGGUCAAGUCGAGUUGCGCCAACUUACUCAGGAAUACACUUCAAGCAUAUCCCUGCGGCUCCGAUCACACCCCGAGUCCAAUGGCGAGCAGAGUGCCGGUAGUAGCCAAGGCUGUGUGGCAAACCUUUUCUACCCACCUCACGGCUGUGGCUGUCAGUGUGAGGUAUGACCACAGCAUUGCUUUCCUGGGAGACUCCAAAGGGACACUUCACAAGGUGUAUCUGGGCCAAGAUGGCCAAGUGGAGGUGUAUGCCAAUGUGACCAUCCAGCCCAACUCCCCCAUUAACAGCGACCUCAUACUGGACCAGAAAGGCGCGCACAUCUACAUCAUGACCAAAGCUUCUGUAGAGAAGCGUCCUGUGGCAGAAUGUGCCGAUCAUCUCGAUUGCCAGUCCUGUCUGUCUGCCAAUGACCCAUACUGUGGCUGGUGUGUCCUGGAGGGGCGGUGUGGACAACGUUGGGAAUGCCGGCGAGGGUCAAUCAAGGGUCAGUGGUUGUGGAGUUUCAACCACACACAGCAGUGCCUCAGCAUCCAGCAUCUCAGCCUAUACAACAUCAGCCGCGGGGAGAAGACAAAUAUUACAGUGUCAGUCGAAGGACUCCCUAGUUUAGGAGAAGGAGAGGCCUACUCUUGCUUCUUUCAUGACACCGAAACUCCUGCCUUGUUCACAAACACCGGUGUUGUCUGCCCCACCCCUGAUGCCAGUAGUCUACCCCCCAUUGGGCAUGGAAACGAGUUCGUGAUGGUGAUCCUUUCCCUACGUUUCCUCAACGUAACGGUAGCGGAGUCGGAAUUUACCUUGUACGACUGUAGCCUUGUGCAGAAGCUCUCUGAACGGAGGCCAUGCCAAGGUUGUGUUAGCAGUCGCUGGGGGUGUAACUGGUGUAUCCAUGAGCAUGUCUGCACACACAGACACACCUGCAGCCGAGGCGUCACCAUCUACAAUCAAAAUUACAAACCGCCGACAUCCACCAUUCCACCACCCACCAGAAAAAAGACUACUUUAACUGUGACGACCGCUACGACGACAACAACAACAGUGACAGCGACGCAGCUGCCACCCACCGCGACACCUGCUACGACCACUCCAGCUGCCACCACAGCGACACCCCCUUCCACUCUUAACAGCGAGUCCACAUCGCGUCGUGCCACGGACCCCACACCCCACUUCAUUGGGACCUUCAGCCAGACCACCAGUCUGCACUCAGAAGCCGGCAUCACAGACAGCUUUAUCGUUGACAUGCUCACAACGUCUGAUGGAAAUGUGGCCACAGCGAGACAUUUUUCUGAGGACGAGCGUAUUGAUUGGGUGGUAGAAACUGGAGAGAAUGCCGGCAACGAUUCUCACACAACAUUACCGAGCAGUACAGUUAUGCCGAUAGACUCUGAAGUGGGCCUUGUUGAACCCUCCAGUGAGCCUGCAGGCUCUUCCUCUGGUAUAAGCUCAACCACAUCCGGUGAAGUUGCUACUUUGUCAGACCUUGCUGGCAGUGACUUGACUGAGGAAAUUGCAGUAGUGAGCUCGGAUAAGAGUGACACUUCUCCAUGGGCGUGGGGGAGGCCUGAAGCUGGCGUAGAUGGGGACACAGUCCCGUUUUUUUGGACAGGUGCAAAUGACAACUUCGCCUUUACACAAUCCCCUGACAUGGUGUUUCAGCACAACUCUGAUGAAAAUUACCAGGCAGAUUCCUCUCUUUCUUACUUAAUGGACUGUCCUUGCGUGGAGAAAAUUCAAGAUUCCUCCUUCCUUCCUGUCAAUGUAGAAAGGAAGAUUACAGUGGUGGGACAACACCUCAACCUGUUUCAGGAUGAAAAUCUGGACUACGAGUGCGUGCUGGACAUUGAGAAUCGGUCAGUGGUGGUCGAAGCAUCUGUGGAACCGGAUGCCAAACAGCCUUCCAUCUUUUUGAUAACCUGCAAACCACAUCAGUUUGCGUAUUCCGCUUUGAUGGAGGAAUACCCGGCCAUGUUCAACGUGAGAAGGAAAGAUAACUUUGUCAUUGACAGCGCCGAUGACCUUUUCGUGACUCUUUACAACUGCUCCGUGGGGAGAUCCGACUGCAGUCGAUGUCGUACCGCCGACCCCAAGUACGGCUGCGUUUGGUGCGGGAGCCCCGCUGGCUCCCACUGCGUUUACCAUGAGUCCUGCGCCGACGAUGUCAAAAACACCUGUCCUGCGCCUGUCAUUCAUUUCUUGGAUCCCAUCUCCGGCCCUGUCGAGGGAGGAACCUUGGUGACGAUUUCAGGCUCCAAUCUUGGACAGAGGGCCGAAGACAUCCUCAACUCUGUUACGCUUGCUGAGGUUCCCUGCAGUGUCAUCAAUAGCCGAUAUGAAAUCUCCUCAAGGAUCGUGUGUGAGACUACAAGCAGCCGGGGAGAGAAGAGUGGACAGGCCUCCGUCAAAGUAAGCGGGGGAGGACUCGGAGUGUCUGUUCAGACCUUCAGCUUUCAGGAUCCCAUACUGAGCGGUCUCUCCCCCCAGAGAGGGCCUAAAGCAGGAGGCUCGUCUGUCACCAUCAAAGGUCGUCGCCUCAAGACGGGCCACCCAAGUGACGUCAGCGUUCUCAUUGGAGGAAUACCAUGUAUGGUGAUAAGCAUCGAGGAGGAUCAGAUCUGCUGUCUGACCAGAGCCAGUAACAGAACUGGCGAACAUAGCAUCACGGUGCGCUUUGGAGGGGCUGAACGCCACCUACUGGGCAUUGUUUAUCACUACAUGUCCAACCCCAACAUUUCGUGGGCUGCGCCAUCCAAAAGCUUUCUCAGCGGAGGCAGGAUCAUCAGUGUGUCGGGUCAAAACCUGGAUGUGGUUCAAGACCCCAAAAUUCGGGUCACCCUCAGCCCGCCAGAUUUUCUUCCUCCCAGGAGGAGGCGGAGCAUCAGUCGGCUGAGAGGACGAGAUGAGCAGAUGCCACUCAAGCGACGGCGGAGGAUCAUCCCGGAGGCUGACUGCUCUCAGGGCGUACUUUGCCAUGUCAAGCAGGUUUGCAAAAUGGCAAAAAUCCACUUUUUCUUUUCAACAAAUAAAUAUUUAUUAUUUCUUCCUUCUGUCCAACCCCAACUCCAGUAUGAGUCUCGUUGUAUAGUGAACAGCUCCUCCCUCAUCUUGUGCCCGACGCCGGCUGUGGGACCGGACGCCAGGAGAGCGAGGGUCAAAGUUCAUUUCCUGCUGGAUAGUCUUCAUUUUGACUUCAACAAUGUGGGCAAUGAAGCAUUCAGCUAUGAACCCAACCCAAAGCUCUACAUGCUGAACCGCAAUGACCCUGACAAACCGUACCACCACAAACCUGGCAGCAUAAUCUCUGUUGAGGGAGAGAAUCUGGACCUGGCCAUCUACAAACAUGAGGUCCAGGCCCGGAUCGGGGAUGGCGUAUGCUCAGUGAAGACCCUGACUCACAACCAUUUGUACUGUGAACCACCAGCCAAGCAGCCAUCAGUAGGCACCAGCCAGAAAAAGGAGGUUAUGGAUAGUCUGCCUGAGUUCACAGUGAAAAUGGGCAACAUGAACUUCUCCUUGGGUAGGGUUCAGUAUGACAGCAAUGGCCUGUCCAUAUUCCCCCUGGAGGCCCAAGUGGGAGUAGGGGUGGGAGCCUCAAUAGUCGUCCUCAUUGUGCUCAUAAUUGUCCUCAUUUAUAGGAAGAAGAGCAAACAAGCCAUGAGGGACUACAAAAAAGUCCAGAUCCAAUUGGAGAAUCUGGAGACCAGUGUGCGAGACCGCUGCAAGAAGGAGUUCACAGACUUGAUGACUGAGAUGAUGGACAUGUCCAGUGAUUUGGUGGGAUCGGGUAUUCCUUUCCUGGAAUACAAGGCGUAUGCAGAGCGCAUUUUCUUCCCGGGCCACCAGGAGUCACCGCUGAGACAAGAUUUGGAUGUCCCGGAAAGUCGCAGGCAGACUGUGGAGCAAGGGCUCAUUCAGCUGUCUAAUCUGCUCAACAGUAAACUGUUUCUCACCAAGUUCAUUCACACACUAGAGGCCCAGCAGACAUUUUCCCCGAGGGACCGGGCCUAUGUGGCCUCUCUGCUGACUGUGGCCCUCCAUGGUAAAUUGGAGUAUUUCACAGACAUCCUGAAGACUCUACUUAAUGACCUGGUGGAACAGUAUGUGGCCAAAAACCCAAAGCUGAUGCUGAGGAGAACUGAAUCUGUGGUUGAGAAGCUCUUGACAAACUGGAUGUCCAUUUGUCUGUUCAACUUCCUGCGGGAAUCAGCAGGGGAGUCAUUCUACAUGCUGUUCCGGGCAAUAAAGCACCAGGUGGACAAGGGACCCGUGGAUGCUGUGACAGGAAAAGCCAAGUACACUUUGAAUGAUAACCGGCUGCUGCGAGAGGAUGUCGAGUACCGUAGCUUGACAUUAAAUGUUGUCAUGCCAGCUGCUGCUGCCAGUGGAGGAGCGUCUACUCAGACGAUGCCCGCCAAGGUCCUGGACUGUGACACCAUCACCCAAGUCAAGGAGAAACUUUUGGAUCAAACUUGGAAGGGGACAUCCGUUGCCCUGAGGCCACAUGCUGACUCCUUACACCUUGAAUGGCGCUCGGGCGUGGCAGGUCACUUAAUCCUGUCAGAUGAGGACCUGACAUCAAUUGUGCAGGGCUUGUGGAAGCGCCUCAAUACAUUGCAACACUACAAGGUCCCUGAUGGAGCCACUGUCGCCCUCAUCCCGAGAAGCACGAAAAAUCACCUCCAUGACAGCCAUGAUUACAUGCCUGGAGAAAAGACACCAAUGCUGGAUGAUGGCGAGGAAGGAGGCAUUAAGCUGUGGCAUCUGGUGAAAGCCACCGAGGAGUCAGAGUUGCCCAAACACAGAAGGGGCAGCGUGAGGGAGAAGGGCGGCGAGCGAGCCAAGGCCAUCCCCGAAAUUUACCUCACUCGACUUCUCUCCAUGAAGGGCACACUGCAGAAGUUUGUGGAUGAUUUAUUCACGGCCAUCCUCAGCACCAGUCGUCCCGUCCCUCUGGCUGUCAAAUACUUUUUUGACUUGUUGGAUGAGCAGGCCCUGCAGCACAACAUCAGCGACCCGGAGACGAUCCAUAUUUGGAAAACAAACAGCUUACCGCUGCGAUUUUGGAUCAACAUCCUGAAGAAUCCGCAAUUCAUCUUCAACGUGCAGACCUCAGACCACGUGGACGCGGUGCUCUUUGUCAUCGCUCAGACUUUUAUGGACUCUUGCACAAUUGCUGACCACAAACUGGGACGGGACUCCCCCAUCAACAAGUUGCUCUACGCCAGAGACAUCCCGCGCUACAAACAGAUGGUGGAGAGGUACUAUGCCGACAUCCGUCAAACCAUCUCAGCCAGUGACCAGGAGAUGAACUCAGCCCUGGCAGAGCUCUCCCGUAACUAUGCCGGAGAAGUCAAUUUCCUGGUGGCUUUGCAUGAGCUGUACAAGUACAUCAACAAGUACUAUGAUCAAAUCGUCACAGCCCUGGAGGAGGACUGCACAGCCCAGAAGAUGCAGCUUGGAUACAGGCUGCAGCAGAUUGCUGCCGCCGUCGAGAACAAAGUCACAGAUCUAUGACCCAACACCCAGAUUGGUUUUCCUUUUAAACCACGAAGACUUUGAAGGGAAAUUAUAUGACAAAAAAAGGGGCAUUGUGGAGCAUUUGAGAAAGGGAAACGAUGUUUGCUUUCCUCGGUGGAUCUCGACGGAAAACCACACAGAACAUUCCUAAAAAUGUACAAAGUACAUGCAUUAGUCCACAUGAGACACAGUCGAUGAAGAAAAGGGCGAAAAGCUACUUGACUUGAAACGGCUCUCCCAAUUGUUAGAAAUGUCUUACAAAAAAAAAAUUGUCAACCUUGGAUGGAAAGCGGCCUUGACAAAUUUGCUUCGAGUUACCUUCAGUUGCUCUUUCAAGUCAUCCUCAAUUCAACGGGGACCCACUUACCAGCGGCCCUUAUUGGAAAUACUGUACUCUAAUGUCACAAUUUCCACGGGGAGUGUGACUCACGGAAGCGCUAAAUAACGCAACUAAAUCAUUUUCAAAGGUUUUAUCAAAACCCUAUAAAGUAACUUUUCACUCAAAAAUGGAUCCGUCCAAAAAUGGAAGAUGAUAGACAUUCCUUGGCCCUCCCCUUCCCGGAAAUCGGUACAAACAAGAUACAACACUUCCUUAAAAAAAAAAAAUCACAAAAGAAUGCCCGUUAUUGAGGCUUAUGAACAAGAUCACUUUCUAUUUGCCGUCUUCUUUUUUUUUUUUUUUUUUUUUUAACUAACUCAAGGAGUUCGAGCAAAUGUCAUUGACAGUUGUCUUAAAAGAACAAUUUGAAUCGCCGCUUUUGCUAACAAAAGGCGCUCAAGCAAAUGUCAUUGACGGUUGUCUUAAAAGAACAAUUUGAAUAGGUGCUUUUAAUUGUGCGGUUCAUUUAUUUGCGACGAGGCCGACGGGCAUGACAGAGAAAGCUUUUGUUGUUGCUGUUAGCAUCCCGACAUUAGCAUUUAGCACCUCUGUGCCAAAGCGCAGCCUCACUGUGCCAUGACUGAAGCUUUUGUUCAUUAUUAUUUUUGGUGAUUUGUCGUUGUAAUCAUCAAGUCUUUUGCAACAGUGUUUUUCUCCAAACUUAAGCGUAUUAAGAAAAAUGCGCGGAAAACCUGUCUCCCCCGACCCCGCUAUUUGGUUUAUUUUAACGUCUGUUGGGUUCAUGAAGGUACCUUUGAUCCUCUGUGAAUUAUUUUGCCUUGAAACGUUUUAUUUAUUGUUUAUUUAUUUUAUCGCUUACGGCGGUAAAUGUUUCGGAUUUUGCUGCAGGAGAUACCCUUCCAAGUUCACUGUAUUUUUAUUUUCAAAGCAAAAAAAAUUGCCAUCUUUAUUUGAAACAUUUGGGUUGUUUUAAGAUGUGAGCUCUUGCUGUGACUUAAAAAAAAAAAAAAAAACACUUUUUUUUAAAUGUGGUACUGACUAUUUUUGCAAGCCCUCACCCUGUACAUACACGUUAGUGUUGCUUGUAGCUUGCGUGUGGAUGUGGUCGCUCUUAAUUGUAUUUUUUUUUUCUUCUGUAGAUGCACAGUCUUCCCAAGUAAUCCUGACCUAACAAUGGCUGAACAUGUCACAAUAAAGUGUUCCUGGUUCUAA